AUGUCGAAUACCUUGCGCCCGUAUUUGGAAUGCGUCCGUGCAUCGCUAACGGCGGCACUUACGCUGGACAAUUUUGCGUCGCAAAUCGUUGAGCGGCACAAUAUCCCCGAGAUCGAGGCGCAAUCGACGCCCGAAGUGGUCCUUGCGCCGCUGACGGUGAGUCGUAACGAGCACGAAGUUGUGCUUAUUGAGCCGUCCGUCAACAGCGUGCGUCUAAGCAUCAAAAUUAAGCAGGCCGACGAGAUCGAGCAAAUUCUCGCCCAUAAGUUCACGCGUUUCCUCAUGCAGCGCGCAGAAAACUUUGUCAUUCUGCGGCGGAAACCCAUCCCUGGCUUUGACAUCAGCUUCCUAAUCACCAACUUUAACACUGAAACCAUGCUGAAGCACAAGCUGGUCGACUUUAUUAUACAGUUCAUGGAGGAAGUCGACAAGGAGGUCAGCGAGAUGAAACUAAGCUUGAAUGCGCGCGCGCGCAUCGUUGCCGAAUCCUAUCUCGGUGUGGUACGUACGCCUGUGCCUAACAACAGUUUUAAAUAG